GCGGAGGUGAUUAGUCCCACCCUCCAGUCGUCGUCCCGCACACCCGGGGAGCCACUUCACCAUUUGCGCCUCGAGGAGUCCACAUAAGUAGUUUAUUUAUGAGUGUGGUGCGUUGAGGAGUCCACAUAAGUAGUUUAUUUAUGCCUCUCCCUGUCCCCGAGGAAAAGGAAUUGUCUUCUUCUGCUCAGGAACUACAUUGGAGCCAUGCUGCGGCCUGCGUCACUCCUCCUGCUCCUCGGCCUCUUCAGCUGGCCUCCCAGUCCGUCACGGGCCGCUAAAAUCCUGGUGGUGCCACCCACGCUGUUUGAGUCGCACAUGUACAUCUUCCACAGGCUGGCCCUGGCUCUGCACCAGGAGGCCCACGAGGUGCACUUCCUGGUCUGCGAGGGCCGGGAGGUGCGGCCCUCCCCUCACUAUCAGCUGCAGCGCUACCCCGGCAUCUUCAACAGCAGCAUGGCCGAAAGCUUUCUGCAGACCCGAGUCCGCAACAUCUUCGCCGGGCGCCUUACCUUCCUGGAGCUUUUUGACAUCCUGGACUACUACAGCCAAAACUGCGACGCCAUCUUGGGCAACGCGGAGGUGAUGGCCCGGCUCAAGCGGGCCAACUUCCAGCUGCUGCUGGUGGACCCCAACGAAAUGUGCGGCUUCGUACUGGCGCACGUGCUGGGCCUGAAGUACGCCGUGGUCAGCACCGGUUUGUGGUACCCGACGGAGGUGUGCGCCCCGGCCCCGCUCUCCUACGUGCCGGCCUUCAACUCCUUGCUGACCGACCGCAUGUCGCUGCCGCAGAGGAUCUCCAACACGGUCGUCUACCUCUUGGAGAACUUUGGCGUCAAUUUCAUUUUGAUCCCCAAGUACGACCGCAUCAUGAAGAAGCACGGGGUCACGCCGCCAGUGGCCAUGACGGAACUGGUGCGGGGGAGCCAGAUGUGGAUGCUGAGCACGGACUUGGCGCUGGAGUUCCCCAGGCCCACCUUGCCCCACGUGGUCUACGUCGGAGGCAUCCUGAACAGACCGGCCAACCCACUGCCACAGAGUUUUGGGGCGUGGCUUAAUGCGACAGCUGACCAGGGCUUUGUUGUGGUGUCCUUCGGCGCCGGGGUCAAGUACCUCUCCCAUGACAUUGCACACAAACUGGCAGGAGCCCUCGCCAGGCUACCCCAGCACGUCAUCUGGAGGUUUUCAGGCGUCCCGCCCAGUAACCUUGGCAACAACACCAAGCUUGUUGACUGGAUGCCUCAGAAUGACCUAUUAGGUCAUCCCAACAUAAAAGCCUUCCUGAGCCACGGAGGACUGAACAGCAUCUUCGAGGCUCUGUACCACGGGGUGCCGGUGGUGGGCGUGCCCCUGUUUGGAGACCACUAUGACACCAUGAUCCGCGUCACCGCCAAAGGGAUGGGCAUCAUGUUGCACUGGAAGAGCAUGAGCCAAGAUGACCUUCACAACGCCCUGGCCACCGUCAUCAAGGACACAAGGUACCGCCAACAAGCUGCAGUUCUGUCCAACAUCCACAAGGACCAGCCGGACCCCCCCGUGUCCAGAGUGGUCUACUGGAUCAACUACAUCCUGCGCCACAACGGCACCCAACACCUGCGCGCCGCCGUCUACGACAUCUCCCUCUACCAGUACUUCCUGCUGGACGUCAUCCUGGUGGUGGGGGCCGCCUUGGCCUUCGCCAACUUCACCUUGAGGCGUUUGGGGCCGUUACUGCGGGCAACGUGGGGAGGGCGGGGCCAGGCCCAGGCCCAGCGACUCUGCAGGCCGGAGGGCAAUGCCGCCAACGGGCACUGCCACUGCAUGGCCAACGGCUCUGUGGAGGGCGACAAGAAGGUCAAUUGAUGUUCUUGCAAGGCCAGGAGGCGCUGGCUCAGGUCACCCAGUGUGUGUGUGUCGUGUGUGUGUGUGUGUGUGUGUGUGUGUGAGGAUGAAGCACGUCUUACUGACCUCCUAGCGGUGGAAUGACGAUGAAGACACGCGAACCUUUGGCAAUAUUUUAACUCUUCAUCCUUUUCCUUGUCUUCCCAAAGUGUAACUGAAGCUAUUUAUUACUGUACAAACACCUUUUAAUGAUGGCAAUGAUUCUAAUUUAUUGAAUGAACUGGUGGACACACACACACACACACACACACACGCACACACACACACACACACACACACACACACUGGUGGAUGAUGUACCAGCACAACCCUCUUAUGGCCUCUUCAUUAGGUACAUGCUACAAGUCUCAACUACUUUCCAUUUCACUCAAGUCACCAAGUACUUUACACACCAUACAGUAGAUGUAGAUCAUCUAUAUCUGCUGUACAUGUACUUUACACACCAUAUAGUAGAUGUAGAUGAUCUAUAUCUGCUGUACAUGUACUUUACACACCAUAUAGUAGAUGUAGAUGAUCUAUAUCUGCUCAAACAUGUACUUUACACACCAUAUAGUAGAUGCAGAUGAUCUAUAUCUGCUGUACAUGUACUUUACACACCAUAUGGUUGAUGUAGAUGAUCUAUAUCUGCUGUACAUGUACUUUACACACCAUAUAGUAGAUGUAGAUGAUCUAUAUCUGCUCAAACAUGUUUUUUACACACCAUAUAGUAGAUGUAGAUGAUCUAUAUCUGCUGUACAUGUACUUUACACGCCAUAUAGUAGAUGUAGAUGAUAUAUAUCUGCUGUACAUGUACUUUACACACCAUAUAGUAGAUGUAGAUGAUCUAUAUCUGCUCAAACAUGUACUUUACACACCAUAUAGUAGAUGUAGAUCAUCUAUAUCUGCUCAAACAUGUAUUUUACACACCAUAUAGUAGAUGUAGAUCAUCUAUAUCUGCUGUACAUGUACUUUACACACCAUAUAGUAGAUGUAGAUGAUCUAUAUCUGCUGUACAUGUACUUUACACACCAUAUAGUAGAUGUAGAUGAUCUAUAUCGGCUGUACAUGUACUUUACACACCAUAUAGUAGAUGUAGAUCAUCUAUAUCUGCUGUACAUGUACUUUACACACCAUAUAGUAGAUGUAGAUGAUCUAUAUCUGCUGUACAUGUACUUUACACACCAUAUAGUAGAUGUAGAUGAUCUAUAUCUGCUGUACAUGUACUUUACACACCAUAUAGUAGAUGUAGAUGAUCUAUAUCUGCUGUACAUGUACUUUACACACCAUAUAGUAGAUGUAGAUGAUCUAUAUCUGCUGUACAUGUACUUUACACACCAUAUAGUAGAUGUAGAUGAUCUAUAUCUGCUGUACAUGUACUUUACACACCAUAUAGUAGAUGUAGAUGAUCUAUAUCUGCUGUACAUGUACUUUACACACCAUAUAGUAGAUGUAGAUGAUCUAUAUCUGCUCAAACAUGUUUUUUACACACCAUAUAGUAGAUGUAGAUCAUCUAUAUCUGCUCAAACAUGUAUUUUACACAUCUAUUACAAACCCCGUUUCCAUAUGAGUUGGGAAAUGGUGUUAGAUGUAAAUAUAAACAGAAUACAAUGAUUUGCAAAUCCUUUUCAAGCCAUAUUCAGUUGAAUAUGCUACAAAGACAACAUAUUUCAUGUUCAAACACAUAAACACUUUUUUUAUGUGUCAAAUAAUCAUUAACUUUAGAAUUUGAUGCUAGCAACACGUGACAAAGUAGUUGGGAAAGGGCAUGUUCACCACUGUGUAAGUUACCCAUGCCUUGGGCACUAAUACACCCCCCAUACCAUCACAGAUUUACUUAGCAUUUCAUGGAAGCUGUUUUUAUAGCCAAUCAUGGCACCCACCUGUUCCCAAUUAGCCUGCACACCUGUGGGAUGUUCCAAAUAAGUGUUUGAUGAGCAUUCCUCAACUUGCUCGGUCUUUUUUGACACUUGUGCCAGCUUUUUUUAAUCAUGUUGCAGUGCUCCAAUUCUAAAUGAGCUAAUAUUUGCAAAAAAUAACAACGUUUUUCAGUGUGAAGAUGAAAUAUCUGGUCUUUGAAGUCUAUUUAGUUGAAUAUAAGUUGAAAAGGAUUUGUUGUGUUCUCUUUUUAUUUACCUUUUACACAACCUGACUACUUCACUGCUUUUGUGUGUGUGUGUGUGUGUGUGUGUGUGUGUGUAAGGGGUGUGGUCACUUUGUUAGAAACCCCCAAUGUGACAUUCCUCAUCACUGUAUAUUACUUUUGUGUAGUAAAUGUUGCAAAGCAGCCUUGAAUAUAUUUGUCUGAAAGGAAGUGUGUUAGUGUACAUCACUGAAGUGUGUUAGUGUACAUCACUGAAGUGUGUUACUGUACAUCACUGAAGUGUGUUAGUGUACAUCACUGAAGUGUGUUACUGUACAUCACUGAAGUGUGUUAGUGUACAUCACUGAAGUGUGUUACUGUACAUCACUGAAGUGUGUUAGUGUACAUCACUGAAGUGUGUUACUGUACAUCACUGAAGUGUGUUAGUGUACAUCACUGAAGUGUGUUACUGUACAUCACUGAAGUGUGUUAGUGUACAUCACUGAAGUGUGUUAUUGUACAUCACUGAAGUGUGUUAGUGUACAUCACUGAAGUGUGUUAGUGUACAUCACUGAAGUGUGUUAGUGUACAUCACUGAAGUGUGUUAGUGUACAUCACUGAAGUGUGUUACUGUACAUCACUGAAGUGUGUUAGUGUACAUCACUGAAGUGUGUUACUGUACAUCACUUAAGUGUGUUAGUGUACAUCACUGAAGUGUGUUAGUGUACAUCACUGAAGUGUGUUAGUGUACAUCACUGAAGUGUGUUAUUGUACAUCACUGAAGUGUGUUAGUGUACAUCACUGAAGUGUGUUAGUGUGCAUCACUGAAGUGUGUUACUGUACAUCACUGAAGUGUGUUAGUGUACAUCACUGAAGUGUGUUAGUGUACAUCACUGAAGUGUGUUAGUGUACAUCACUGAAGUGUGUUAUUGUACAUCACUGAAGUGUGUUAGUGUACAUCACUGAAGUGUGUUAGUGUACAUCACUGAAGUGUGUUAGUGUACAUCACUGAAGUGUGUUACUGUACAUCACUGAAGUGUGUUAGUGUACAUCACUGAAGUGUGUUAGUGUACAUCACUGAAGUGUGUUAGUGUACAUCACUGAAGUGUGUUAGUGUACAUCACUGAAGUGUGUUACUGUACAUCACUGAAGUGUGUUAGUGUACAUCACUGAAGUGUGUUAGUGUACAUCACUGAAGUGUGUUAGUGUACAUCACUGAAGUGUGUUACUGUACAUCACUGAAGUGUGUUAGUGUACAUCACUGAAGUGUGUUAGUGUACAUCACUGAAGUGUGUUAGUGUACAUCACUGAAGUGUGUUAGUGAACAUCACUGAAGUGUGUUACUGUACAUCACUGAAGUGUGUUAGUGUACAUCACUGAAGUGUGUUAGUGUACAUCACUGAAGUGUGUUAGUGUACAUCACUGAAGUGUGUUAGUGUACAUCACUGAAGUGUGUUAGUGUACAUCACUGAAGUGUGUUAUUGUACAUCACUGAAGUGUGUUAGUGUACAUCACUGAAGUGUGUUAUUGUACAUCACUGAAGUGUGUUAGUGUACAUCACUGAAGUGUGUUAGUGUACAUCACUGAAGUGUGUUAGUGUACAUCACUGAAGUGUGUUAGUGUACAUCACUGAAGUGUGUUAGUGUACAUCACUGAAGUGUGUUAGUGUACAUCACUGAAGCCUUUUUGACCCUGUGAGCUGCAAAGACCCAGGACAGGUGGGACAGACCCCGGUCUGAGACUUGAAUAGUCACAUGAACAAUGAGCAGGUGUGUCAGGACACAACCUUGUACUAUUUCUUCUGGCUUCUGCUUAUUAGUCCAGUCUUCUUCAUUCUUCUGAUAGUCCAGCUCACUCUUCAUGUACAUCAUUCUUGUGAUAGUCCUGCUCACUCUUCAUGUACAUUUAAGUCUCACCUUAAAACUCAUCUGUAUACUCUAGCCUUUAAAUAGACCUCCUUUUUAGACCAGUUGAUCUGCCGCUUCUUUUCUUUCUCCUAUGUCCCCCCCUCCCUUGUGGAGGGGGUCCGGUCCGAUGACCAUGGAUGAAGUACUGGCUGUCCAGAGUCGAGACCCAGGAUGGACCGCUCGUCGGGACCCAGGAUGGACCGCUCUCCUGUAUCGGUUGGGGACAUCUCUACGCUGCUGAUCCGCUUGAGAUGGUUUCCUGUGGACGGGACUCUCGCUGCUGUCUUGGAUCCGCUUUGAACUGAACUCUCGCGGCUGUGUUGGAGCCACUAUGGAUUGAACUUUCACAGUAUCAUGUUAGACCCGCUCCACAUCCAUUGCUUUCGGUCCCCUAGAGAGGGGGGGUUGCCCACAUCUGAGGUCCUCUCCAAGGUUUCUCAUAGUCAGCAUUGUCACUGGCGUCCCACUGGAUGUGAAUUCUCCCUGCCCACUGGGUGUGAGUUUUCCUUGCCCUUUUGUGGGUUCUUCCGAGGAUGUUGUAGUCGUAAUGAUUUGUGCAGUCCUUUGAGAUAUUUGUGAUUUGGGGCUAUGUAAAUAAACAUUGAUUGAUUGACAUCAUUCUUGUGAUAGUCCAGCUCACUCUUCAUGUACAUCAUUCUUGUGAUAGUCCAGCUCACUCUUCAUGUACAUCAUUCUUGUGAUAGUCCUGCUCAUUCUUCAUGUACAUCAUUCUUCUGAUAGUCCUGCUCACUCUUCAUGUACAUCAUUCUUCUGAUAGUCCUGCUCACUCUUCAUGUACAUCACAUCACCUUUGUGGUCUUUAGUUUGAAGAUGACUCUCUUCUACAUUUCAUGCCACAUUUGACUUUGUAGAGAACACAUUUCAUUUUCUGCCUCCUCAAUAAAGACAAACAUAAUGUUUGAAAAA